CCGGCUCGGUUUGCUUUUGGUUCCCCGCUUGCUUUUUAUUCGCUGCAAACGGGAAACAGAACAAAAAUCAAAACAAAAACAGUUUGCAAAAGUUGGGUUUGGAGAACAUCUCUUGGAUAAAUAUCUUAUUUACACAGGAACUACACCAAAAUGAGAAUUGUGAUGCAAAUGGUUUGUUGUGUGUUCGUGCUGGCUGUAUCCAUAACAGCACAGUCAAAUGACACUUAUUAUAAUGUAGAACUUAACCAUCAAAUCAUCCGUUGUCAAAUGUGUCCGCCUGGCACUUUCUGGAUUAAGCAUUGUAGUCAGGACGGUGGCAAUGCACAAUGUGAGGACUGUCCGGAUGGAGAGUUUAUAACGGACUAUAAUCGAGUGUUUUAUUGCAAAAGGUGUACUGAAUGUACAAGAACUGAUCAACCAUCGGGUGAAGUUUUGGUGGAGGCAUGUACACCGUCUCACAACACAAUAUGUGGGUGUAAACCGGGGUACUGGAGAGAAGAAGGAAAAGUCGGGGAUUGCCAAGAAGUGUCGCAGUGUGAGCUCCGAUAUGGCGUGAAACAAAUAGCGAACAGUCACAAUGAUACAACAUGUGAGAGAUGUGUUAACGGGAAGACCUUCUCCAACAUCAGUUCCGAUGUGACGCCAUGCCAGAACUGUUCAGUUUGUGCUGAGGGAUGGGUGCAGAAAACUCCAUGUAACGAAACCAAAGACACUAUGUGCAUUCCAAAAGAUGAAGUAGAAGAAGACAGUGUUGGUGUUAUUGUGGGAGCAGCCUGUGUCGUUAUACUUGUAGUUGCAAUACUUAUUGGUAUCAUCAUUGCCAUUUGGUGUCGGGAAAGAACCAAUGCACGUUGUCAAAUGUUGCUUAGGAGAAGACAUCAAGAAAAGUUGGAUGAAGAAGAAGCCAACCAAUAACAGCCAUGCAUUCACGUUACUGAGAUGAUUGAAGUAAAUACAUAUCGAGACAGAAGUUAAUGCACUCCCUUGGCUUACGUCAUAGAACAGCUGUGUUUUGGUGAACAAAAGUCAUAAGUGCACGAAAAAUGUCAUGUUGGUGCUCGAACAAUGACAUCCUGACAUUUGGAAGUUCCGAAACACAGCCUCUUGGAUGUUUUAUGAUCCUGCUGGUUCAAGAAAUCCACAAAACGUACCAGCAAAUAUUAAAUAUUUACCGAAAACAUUUAGUAAUACAUAUCAUUGCAGCGGACACAAGCACAUGCAAUUUCUUUGACUCUGGUGUAUAUGAUUGUUGUAACAGACUAGGAUUAGCAUCUCAGGGAUGUGAUUUGGUCAUGGCUCCAUGGUCCAACUAAUAAAACUAAAACAAAUACAUAUAAAUGUUUAUUUCAAAGUUUAUUGGUUGGUUUUGGCUGUAACUUUUUUUGUCCUCAAAGAGGGCUUCCAAUCAAGCAGUUUGCUCCUGUGGCCGUUUUGAGGCCUAAAGCACCUUCAAAUACGCCGAAAUGGUUGAUUUCAACCCAGGGCAAUCACAUCUCUGCACAUGCAUGCCUUGGUCGAGUUUGUUUAAUUAUCUGUGAUAAUUUUGUACAUCUGUGAUGUAGAUAGUUUAUUUUUUGCGAUUUUUAAAUUGUGUACACUGUCAAUACAUGUUGAUAAUUGUUACAGGAUUAUUUUAAGUUAUCAGUUCCAGUAAUCAUUGGACCAUUGAAUUCCUUCUUUAAUCAUAUAUUGGACUUUAAGUCAUUUCAAAGUUCUGGGACAUCUGGUGCUAUUAUCCCAAUCCAUAAAAUGGCCCAUCAAUCAGAUCCUAAAAAUUACAGGAGAAUUACUCUUUAAUGGGUGAUUUUAAUGCAAGAAGUGGAACUCUGUUGGACUUUUUACAAAUUGUUGAAAAUAUUGCACAUGAUAAUUUUGAUUUUGAUACCAAUUUUAUUGAAAUAGAAAUAGUAAAGCGGAGUUCAAUAUAUGUUUACUGGCUCCUUCAUAACUACUAAGAAUAGUCUUACUGAUUAUGUACUUUGUACCCCUGAAUUAUUAACGUUUGUUAGCUCAGUUGUUGUCCUAGAUUUUGACCCACUAUUGUCUGAUAUUGAUAGGCCAGUUGAAUUUUCUUUACGGGGUGUAAAUACUAUUAAUACUGUAAUAGUAUGGUUGUCAUUUGUCCGAAAUGCAUGUCCGAAAUUUAUGUAACUCAUAAAUCAAUAUACCUGUUUGAAGUAGAUGGAAUUUCCACUGCUGCAUCACAUUAUUAUAAUCCUUAGUAAUUGAAUGAAAUGUCUAGCAAAUGCUUUCUCCAUAACUCUACCAGAUUAACUCGUAGUUUUGAGUGCCAGCAUUGAGUCAACGCUGUGCACUUGUCAAACUUGUCCGCCAUUUGCAUUUUGUAGGUUACAGCGUAGUAAAUUAUUCAAAUCAGUAAAUCGAGUCAUUUCUAACAUUUAAAUGUGAUGUAUUAUUGUAUUUAUGUAUGAUUUAUUGUAUUGUUUUAAAUUCAUAUUAAUAUGCUGUGUGUUAUUUAAGGUAUCACCCCAGAUCUCUAAUGCUGGGGAGCACUAUUUCACUAUUGUUCUUGCGGAAUGCUGGUGUAAUGCUGGGCUCACUUAUCUUAUAAGCAUCACUGUUUUACUUCAAAGAAGUUAAUGCUGCAUUGUAUUGUUAAAGAGUAUAUGUUAAUUUCUCUACUUCAAGACUUUAUAUUCACCUUUUAAGUGAAUAUUAUAUUAUCUAUGUUUCAUACAAAAUAUGAGCCGCAUUACUCAGCCAGCGUUGCUGGUGAAAAUACCCAAUUCUAAUGCCAGCAACGCCAGCAUCAGCAACCACUAUAUAAGGCGAUGAAUUUUUGCGAUGGAGUCAGUUGUCAGUAGUCACUCGUCUGUAGUCAGUCAUCAGAGUAACCUACACUUAACUAAACCAGCCAUGAAAAAGAGCUUUGCUGGUAAUUUCUACAUUAUAUAAAAUUCUAACUACAUUUAAUACCUUAAUUAACUACAUAUAUACCUACAAAAAUACUACUAGCAUACUUAAACAAUUUAAAUACAAAACUGACUACUGCAGUACUGGUUCCAUUGCUGACUCGUGUAUUAAGUAAUUGACUAGAGAACGUGAAUAAAUUAAUAG